CAUUGGUGGAAAGAAAGAGCAAUGGCAAACCCUCAAUCCCAAUCCCAGUGCUUUGAGAAUCCACCUACAUUGAACCCCUCCUCCGGCCAUGGCACCGUCGUUGAGAACCUCGGAGGCCUCAAGGCCUACACUGUUGGCUCUCCGGAAUCCAAACUGGCAGUGCUCCUCGCCGCUGAUGCUUUCGGUUUUGAAGCACCAAAUUUAAGGAAACUGGCUGAUAAAGUUGCAGCUGCUGGGUAUUUUGUGGUGGUCCCUGACUUUUUCCAUGGUGAUCCUUAUAUUCCUGAGAAAGUUUCUGUCCCAACUUGGUUGCAAGCUCAUGAUGCUGCUAAAGGAUAUGAAGAAGCGAAACCCAUUGUUGAAGCUCUGAAAAGUACAGGGAUAUCUGCAAUUGGUGCAGCUGGAUUUUGCUGGGGUGCCAAGGUUGUGGCAGAACUAGCAAAAUCUGAAGACAUAAAAGCUGCUGUGAUGUUGCAUCCUUCUUAUGUCACUGCAAAGGAUAUUAAAGAGAUUAACGUGCCUCUCGCUGUGCUUGGAGCUGAGAUAGAUCGUACCUCUCCACCUUCCCUCUUGAAGGAGUUUGAGAAGAUUUUAUCCACUAAACCUGAGGUAAGUAUGUUUCAUUUUUUGUUAGCUAAAGCUGCUCUAUAAUUAAUUUUCCUAGUU